GUAUAAAGAUAUGUUAAGACAAGCCGUGACUUUAAGGGUGUCACCUCACUUUAAGGAUACAAUAAACAAUGCAUAAAAAAGGUUACAGUUUGGACGAACCAGCUAAAAACUCCAGUAGUAGUAUAUUCUCUUCACGAUAUGCAUUUUAUGUACUUGCAAUUUUCAUCGUAAUCGUUGCAACAGUACUUGGUAUACUCAUUGGACGAUACGCACUGUGUAAAACUGACAAAAAGGUUGACAAUAAUAAUAAAGUGACACCGGCAUGGGACAACUUGUCACCAUAUUACUUAACAGAUGGAGACCCAGCGAUCCGUGAAGAAUUGAUGAACAGUAUAGAUGCCAAUAAUAUAAGAACAUAUCUCAAAGGUUUAUCCGAAAACCCUCAUCUGGCUGGCACACCAGCAGACCUGAAACAAGCGAAGGAACUGGAACAAUUUUGGAAAGAUAAUGGAAUGGAUGAAGUUUUUAUCACUCCGUAUGAAGUUUUACUUUCGUACCCUAAUACAACAGACGAGAGCAUCAUGAACCAAAUCCAGAUAUUAAACGGUUCAGGUGAUAUACAAUAUGCAUCUCCAUUGUAUGAAGACAUCUUAGAUCCUUCAGAAAAUAAAAGUAAUGUGGUUCCUCCAUUUAAUGCAUACUCGGCUCCUGGGAUUGUGAAUUCGUCGGAGCUUAUUUACGUAAACUACGGACGAGUAGAAGAUUACAGGUACAUUGAAGCUAAUACAUCGGUGAAUGUGUCUGGGAAAAUUGUCAUCGCAAGAUAUGGUAGAAUCUUCAGAGGAGAUAAGGUUCAGCAAGCAACUAGACAUGGUGCAAUAGGUAUAAUUAUAUAUUCCGAUCCUGCUGACUACUCUAAUGGACAAACAAAAGAUGUAUAUCCUCACUCUAUAUGGUUACCUCCUUCUGGUACACAAAGAGGAACUGUGAAGAAAACUGAUGGAGAUCCAUUAACACCGGGAUAUCCAGCAACGGAAACUGCCUACAGACUUAAAGAAAACGAUCCUAGCAUGAAUCUACCUACAAUUCCUGUCCAUCCUAUAGGUUAUGGAAUAGCUAGAGAACUAUUUGCUAAAAUGACAGGUACAGCCAACUUACCAGCAUCAUGGAGAGGAGAAAUGAAUGUUACAUACAGAAUUGGAGGUCCUCUUACCGAUACAGACUGGAAAGUCCGUAUGAGGAUUUCUACUUCAAAUAAGAAGAGGACAAUACACAAUGUGUUUGGAAUAAUAAGAGGUGCUAUUGAACCAGAUCGUUAUGUUCUUAUGGGUAACCAUAGAGACGCUUGGGUUUUUGGAGCAAUAGAUCCAUCAACUGGUACAGCUGUAAUGAAGGAAAUAUCACGUGUUAUGGGCAAUCUUGUAAAUACAAAAAAAUGGCGACCAAGACGUUCAAUAAUUUUCUGUAGUUGGGGUGGAGAAGAAUACGGGUUAAUUGGUUCCAACGAAUGGGUAGAGCAAUUUGUUAAAAAUCUGCAAACACGAUCUGUUGCUUAUGUUAAUGUAGAUAUAGCAGUUGGAGGGAAUUAUUCACUAUCUGUAGCUGCAUCGCCUCUGUUAAACAGUGUUAUUUAUAAUAUAGCAGAAAAUAUGCCAAGUCCUGAUAUGCAGAACACUUAUAGGUCUUUAUAUUCAAAAUGGGCGCAUGGUCACCCUGAUGAAGACGAUAAAACCAAACCAAGAAUUGAUGUAGCUGGUUCUGGGAGUGAUUUUGCACCAUUUGUACAGCUUGCUGGUGUUCCUAUAUGUGACAUAUCAUAUUCAACGAGGACUGGUGGUUAUCCCUUGUAUCAUUCCAAGUAUGAAACUUUUAACGUUGUCGACAAACUGAUGGAUCCUGGUUUUAAGUAUCAUAAAGUAGUAGCCCAAGUGAUGGCUGAGGUAACAAGACGUCUCUCAGAAGAGUUACUCGUUCCAUUUGUUGUAACUGACUUUUCACUCAAACUUCAACAACUAGUCACAUUACUGGAGCAGGAGUAUGGGCAAUUGUUAUCAACGAACAACAUUAGCAUACCCGAACUCCAUAAUGUUGCCAAUUCAUUCACGAAGUCAACAACAUCCUUUCAGGAACAUGUUAACAAACUAGACAUGCAAAAUCCAUAUGCAAUCAGAAUGAUCAAUGAUCAGAUGACAUUACUCGAGAAAGCGUUCCUAGAUCCACAGGGGUUGCCUGGGAGACCCUUUGCAAGACAUGUUCUGUUUGCUGAGAGCAGUGUCAAUAGCUAUGCUGGGAGUAGUUUUCCAGGACUUGUUGAUGCUUUAUUUGAAAUUGAAAAGGAUCCAAAUCAGACACAAAGAUGGAACGUAGUCAAGAAACAUUUUUCGGUUAUUUUGUUCACUAUUGAAUCCGCAGCCUCUACAUUACGCGAAGUUACUAAAUUUAUGUUAGUCUCAUGAGUAUGACUUUUGU